GCGUUGCCGUCGCAGUCACCAUCGUAGUUGCCGUAGCUGUUUCCUCGGUUCGUCGGGAAUCAUGGCGACUUCUCUGUGGAAAGGUCUGGUGGGGCUGGGCCUGUUCGCGCUGGCCCACGCCGCCUUCUCUGCUGCGCAACAUCGUUCUUAUAUGCGCUUAACAGAAAAGGAAGACGAAGAUCUGCCCAUCGAUAUCGUCCUCCAAACGCUGAUGGCCUUUGCAGUUACCUGUUAUGGUAUAGUCCAUCUUGCAGGGGAGUUUAAAGAUAUGGAUGCUACUUCAGAACUGAAAAAUAAGACACUUGACACAUUAAGGAACCACCCAUCUUUUUAUGUAUUUAAUCACCGCGGUAGAGUGUUGUUCCGGUCUCCAGAUAUGGUGUAUUCUUCCAACCAAGAUGCUUUGUUGUCGAGGUCUACAGUGAAGUUACGAAAACUUGAACCUCUGCGUCGUUAAAAUUAUUCAUGUUACAAUAACCCGGAAAACGGAGAUAUAAUAUCGGAGUUUGGGUAGAAUAAGCAGCUGAAGCAGAAAACGACAGCCCCAACAACCUGCAGAUGGCAGCAGCAGCUUGGCAGAGGAGAAGGCCCUGUUCCAUGUUGACAUGGUGCAGAGGGGAUGGAGCAGCUGCUAACAUGGAAUGGAAUGGCAGCAGCAUGGGGGACUCUGGGAGCACACUGAGGAGACACAUAUGGAACUGAGAAGCAGAAGCACAGCUAUUUGCUGGGAGACAAAACCUGGAGACGUGUUCUAGCUAUAAUGCAACCUUCCUCAUCUUGGAGUUCCAUUUGUAUUCCCUUCCCCACCAGAGUGGAAAUCGGAGAUAGUGUACUUUGUGUGUAUGAAGGGUGGGGCUGAGAUUGAUUCUACUACUUUAUUUUCCCUUAUUUUCUUUGCUUUUCUUUUCCAAUUAAAUGCUUUGCUAUUUA